AUGAAAAUAUUAAAAUAUAAAGACAUUUUUAAAUUAAGCAUUUCCGUUCUUUCUGCAAUUUUUUGUGUUCUUAGUAUACCAUUCAUCUAUAAUUACCUACAACAUAUCCAAUCAGUAAUCGAAAGUGAAUCGGAUUAUUGCAAGGUGUGUUUAAUUGUAGGAGUAAUUAAAAUAAAUCUUUUCAAGUACCGGUCUAACAGUCUUUGGAAAGAAUUAAGCAGAACAUUGCAGCAAAAGCCCUUAAUUAAAGAUUCACAUCAAAGUAAAAGGAAAACACGGCAAGGGUAUUUUCCCGUCGAAGCAGCAACUUUUGGACCCUUGCCUCCAAAUUCUUCAGAGGCAUUAUAUGGGGCUCAAUUAAUUGGACAGAAAUGUGAACCUGGAGAUGCUGGACUGGACGGAAAGGAUGGCGCAGAUGGUCUCCCCGGAACAGAUGGGCAACCAGGUCAAGAAGCUGUUGGUGGUGCUAAACAUAGAGACUUCUGCAUGGAAUGCCCACCUGGUCAAAUUGGCCCUAGAGGUCAACCUGGUGAAAAGGGCGAACCUGGAGAACCUGGCCAGCCGGGAAUUGAUGCUGAUGGAGGAAUUCGAGGUCCAGCAGGCUUACCUGGUCCACCAGGGCCUCCGGGAGCUCCAGGCAUUCCAGGACGAAAAGGAGUGCCAGGAAAGCCAGGCUUACAGAUAGAGCAACAAGGAACUACUGGACCAGCAGGGCCAGUUGGAGCUAAGGGUCCAGCUGGAGAAAAGGGAGCACCUGGAGUGCCAGGACAUCCAGGGCAGCCUGGAUCUAAAGGGCUUCCAGGUACAUCAAAUAUUUUUAAAGAAUAUUUUAGAAAGAUUAGAAACAUUUUCUUUCUUUCCUUAGGUGAUAGAGGACCGGUAGGCCCUCCAGGAAAAGUUGGAGAACGUGAGUUUUAUUUAACUAUCUACAAUUUUUAA